AUGAUCCAACUAAAGACAUUACUAAACUGCAUCGACAACUCCGGCGCCUCAGUCGUCGAGUGCGUCAACGUCCUCAAGAAGAAGCGGCCAGCGACAAUCGGUGACCGGAUAGUCGUCGUCGUCCAGAAGCAAAGGGCCGCUGGUUCCGACGGUAGCUCCACCUCUCUCGCGAACAAAGUCCGCCGCGGUGAUAUCCGACAUGCCGUCGUGGUGCGCGUGAAGAAGGAACUGCAACGGGAGGAUGGCACGGUCGUGCGCUUUGGUGACAAUGCCUGUGUUCUGGUGAACAAGUCUGGCGAUCCCAUCGGAACGAGAAUGAACGGAGUCGUGGGUCAGGAACUGCGCGGCAAGCAGUGGUCCAAGAUCUUGUCGUUGGCGCCCGUGCACGUGUAA